GGACUACACUCACAGGGAUCUCAUUAUAGGUGCACUGUGAGACCUCAGACUUCUUCUUCUACUCCAAAAAAAGACAUCCAGAGCUGAAAAUGGUGAGUACCACAACAUCCUACUGCUACUUCCUGGAUAAAACCCUGAAAAAAGUCACCGUGGUGAUAUUUCAGAGGCUGUUUUUCUGUCUCUGAGUGGUUCCUGUGGACUGACUGUAGAUUUCUUGUUGCUUCUCCUCCUCACAGUCCAGCUUUAGUCUGUUGUUUCUACUUUACUGGACCCCAGGCUGUCUCUGGGAUAAGUUUCCAGCCGUUCUCCAGCACAUAAAGCUUGUGUAUUUAUCUGAAACAUAAAGUCAAUCAGUGGAAACAUGCUAGCAGGCAUGUGGCUCUGGCUCCAGUAAAGGUUAACUGUUUCCAUAUGGAGGCCCUGCCUGUUUGUGUGUGUUUUACAUUUCUAUUUCUGCUGCUCAACAUCACGCUGAUAAGCUGCUGCAUUCCUCUGCUGUCAGACCUUCCAGAUUAAUGCACACAGGCACACCACGUGCAGACAUAUCGAACAAAUCUGCAGCAAAAAGCAGCUCCUGCAUUUUUCUAAGAGCAGGCACAUGAUGAUAAGCCUGGGAUCAACAUUUUUACAGGCUCAAGAACCAUAAGUUUAUUCUUCAGAGUCCAGGAAGCUGACCUUUUCCCUUUUGACUUUGUUCCUUUGUGACUUGGCGGCAAACAGAUGGCGUGUUGUAAUGUUUGCAGGCCCGUGCAGAAAUCCAGGAGUGAGUAAACGGAGCGAAAGUCUGCUUUUCACAUAUGCUGACACUUUCCUGUGGGGCCGUUUGGUAUGCAACAUAAAGGGGAGGAGGUGUGGGGACGCUUCCUGUCUUUGGAGCUGCCUAAAGAGCUUCAAAGUCCGUCUUCUCCACGUUAAAGUUUGGUCUGUAGGCCUGAAAACUCUCCAGAGGGGUCAUUCAAGUGGAGAAGAGCUCACAUUAAAGCUGAAUGAACACCCGUGAAGUUUUUCAAUCUGAACUUUUGAUCAGAUUCCUCGAAUCUGCGCUGAACAUCAGGCUUCAAGCACAAAGCUCUUCUUUAUAGUCAAGGCCCAAAGCGCCAGCUGUGACGUAGUUUCAGGAGCCGACUGAGGAAGCAGAAAAUAACUGGGUGUACCACCGUGGAGUGGAUUUCACAGGCCGUGUGUCUGUGUAAACAUGAGCGGAUGUGGCAUGUUGCAACACAGCAGAGCCAGCAGAGCUCCACUUCCACAUUUCUAACACAUGGUGAGGCUCUGUGGAAAAACUGAAGGUUCCUGUUGAAUAUGGCGUCUGUGAACGAUCCCAGUUUUUCUGCCGCCGCACAAACAGGUCAGUGGGUGAGAGUAAAGCUGUCUGUGUCUCUGUGUGCUGCGUGAUUGAACCUUCACUAAAAUAGCAGCUGCUGAGCUGGCCGCCAUCGCCAUACUUGGCAACUCCCGUGUCACGAUGCGGGACAGAGACCCCUCCUGUCAGCCUCCAAUCACAGGCCUUUUCAAGGGGGAGGGGGGGACAGAGGGAUCAAAAUUCACAACAAGCCAAAAGUCCAGGAUGAGAGGAAGAACGACAGGAACAACCUCUUCACCGCUGAGGCUCUAACUUCCUGUCUCUGAGGGUCUCAGCAGAUUUAUGUCCUUUUAUUUUAAUGAGGCGGUUAUUAACUCAUUAAUGUGAGCUAAUUAUCUCACACGUUGAAAGCUUUUAGUCGAGCAGAGGAGUAACGCUGUAACAUCUGAAGAAACAGGUCACAGUUUUAUAACCAAAUAAAGUCAGAGUUUCAUCUGCUGUUGGUGAAACUUUAUCAUCGUCUCAGGUUAAUGUUUCCUGGACUUUUUCAUCACUUCCACUUGAAAAGGUGUUUCUGCAGAUUCACUGAUUUGACAUUUAAAUACUGAGUUAAAAAAUCAUCUCUCGCUCGCUGUCAGACGUCCUGAUAAAGUCCUUCUCAGCGGUUCGUCCCUGCGUCUGUAAAUGAGCGAUCCUCUCGCCCUGAUCCUCAUCACACCAUCAGACGAGGUCAGGGUGUUUUCCCGAACACGCAGUGACUGAGCUUGUUGUUUGUUCUGUUAAAGAGGUUUCUCCAGAAAAACACGACCGUCCGCUCUUUCAGCUUCAGAUUCAGAGACAGCCCUACAUCCUCAGACUUUCACAACAACACGAAAAUUUCACCGGCCCGUGUGCGCUCACUAAAAAUGAGGUCAAAGGUCGAGUUUCGCUGCAGCUGCCUCACUUUACAGAGGUAUCAGGGUUGCGUUUGCCCUGACUCUUGUCUUGGCAGGUAUAAGAGCAGACUCAAUGAUCUGCAGGUCUGUCGUGUUUGUCUCGUGUUACGGAGAACAGCUGGCCUCAUGUUGACAGACCAACUGCUGCAAUAAUGCAAACACACACAGCAGGAGGCUGAAGCAGUUUUAUCAGCAAACAGACGAGUCGGUACCUCACGAGGGGUUUGUCUUUCACGCAUUUGCAUCUCUUAUCAGGUUUAUCUCCUCUGAAGGCACCGGCUCCAGCACAGGCUGUUUCUUUUUUAACUCCAGAGGCAAAAAUUUCCCUCUCAAAUGAUGAGACCAAACUUGUUUCAGUCCUGCCAAACCACUCACCCUCCACUCCCUCCCACAUCUCCAGCAGGCAUGCCUCAGCAGGGCGUGGAGGCCCUUUGGCCUCUGGGACACUCUGACGUGUUGGUGUUAAUCACUUUUCACAGAGUAUUUAGAUCACUGACUGCUGAUCGGACUUGUCACAUCCUCCUCUGAAGAUUUACAGUUUUCUGUGAAGUUUACAGGGAAGUGGAGCUCAAAGUUCCCUGAAGUGUUUCCUGACUCUCAGCUGAUGUUUCCUGCAGGUUAUAACACAAAUGUUGUUGCUACGCUAACUUAAAAAAAUGCUUUGACCCAAAUCUGAAUGGGGUUUGGUUUGCUGGCUCCACCUUACACCUUUCAUGUUCUGCAAGUUUGGACAGGUGUGGGCAGAAAUAUCAGAACUAGGUUACCCAGCUUAAUACUGUGACCUAAAAAUGCAGAUAAUCUGAAUGGGGUUUGGUUUGCAUAAUUAAGAUCUAAUUUACAAUUUGCUGGCUCCAGAGUUUUUGUUGUAACUGAGGGUUUCCAGCAGAAAUCAGGUUAUUGAGUUCACCCGCCGGAUGGUUUGACCUAAAUACGUAUGAAACUGGAACGGUGUUUGUUUGCCGGCUCCACCUCGGUCUAUUUUCAAGCAGGUGCAAAGCAGAAAUAAUGACGUUUAGCCAUCCAGUAAUGUAGUUCAGCUCAAAUAUGUUUGAAACAGUUUGUUUAGUAAGAUGAAUUUAUCUUGGAUUUUAAAGUCUCACACACUAACACCUGCCUUUCUUCCCUUCAGCGCGAGUGUAUCUCCAUCCAUGUGGGCCAGGCCGGCGUCCAGAUGGGCAACACCUGCUGGGAGCUGUACUGCCUGGAGCACGGCAUCCAGCCGGACGGCCACAUGCCCAGCGAGAAACCCUCCACCGGCUACGACGACUCCUUCACCACAUUCUUCAGCGAGACCGGCACUGGGAAGUACGUCCCCAGAGCCAUCUUUGUGGACCUGGAGCCCACGGUCAUCGGUGAGUCUGAGGGGAACUUUUCCAAAAAACAGAGAGCUGUAAUUUUCUGCAGACAUUUACUGUCGAAACGAAAUGAGGUUGAGUUUGGAAAGACCUGAGGUAAAACUUGAGAACAGAGAGCUGAAGAAUCCCCUCGUGAUAAUAAAGUCAUAAAGAUUAAACUAGCUGAUCAUUUACUACGACUAUCAUGUCACCUACUCUCUCAAAGAUAAGUCAGGGAACCCGAGCAGAAAGGAGAGCAGAUUAGUUCUUUCUCACCUUUUUAAAAACAGUAAUUGUGAGCUGGACUGGACCGCAUGGUGGAACUGCAGCUUUUAUGUCUCCAGAGGAGAAAAAAAUAAACCUGAGUUUAAGAAAAGCAGAGAGAUACUUGCAGAUGACCGACCUCUGCAGCUUCAUCUGAGUCUUUCCUCCGUUACAGACGAGGUUCGUACCGGUACGUACCGCCAGCUCUUCCACCCUGAGCAGCUGAUCUCAGGAAAGGAAGACGCCGCCAAUAACUACGCCCGUGGUCACUACACCGUGGGGAAGGAGCACAUCGACUCUGUGCUCGACAGGAUCCGCAAACUGGUAUGAAAAUAUCGAGAAAACACUGUUCUGUCCUGAAGAAGCUGGUUUCAGAUGUGUUUUUGACCCCAAGUUUGACCUUCUUCUCCCAGUCUGACCAGUGUACCGGACUCCAAGGUUUCCUGGUCUUCCACUCCUUCGGCGGAGGAACCGGCUCAGGCUUCACCUCCCUGCUGAUGGAGCGCCUCUCAGUCGACUUUGGGAAGAAGUCCAAGCUGGAGUUUGCGAUCUACCCGGCUCCUCAGGUGUCCACAGCUGUGGUGGAGCCGUACAACUCCAUCCUGACCACCCACACCACGCUGGAGCACUCCGACUGCGCCUUCAUGGUGGACAACGAGGCCAUCUACGACAUCUGCCGCAGGAACCUGGACAUCGAGCGUCCUUCGUACACCAACCUGAACCGUCUCAUCAGUCAGAUCGUCUCCUCCAUAACCGCUUCCCUGCGCUUCGACGGCGCCCUGAACGUGGACUUGACAGAGUUCCAGACCAACUUGGUUCCCUACCCAAGAAUCCACUUCCCUCUGGCCACCUACGCGCCGGUCAUCUCUGCUGAAAAGGCGUACCACGAGCAGCUGACGGUUGCAGAAAUCACCAACUCCUGCUUCGAACCGGCCAAUCAGAUGGUGAAAUGCGACCCGCGUCACGGGAAGUACAUGGCGUGCUGCCUGCUGUACCGUGGCGAUGUCGUCCCCAAAGAUGUCAACACAGCAAUCAGCAACAUCAAAACCAAACGCAGCAUCCAGUUCGUGGACUGGUGCCCCACUGGGUUCAAGGUAGGAAUCAACUACCAGCCUCCCACCGUGGUUCCCGGAGGAGAUCUCGCCAAGGUGCAGCGUGCCGUGUGCAUGCUGAGCAACACCACCGCCAUCGCAGAGGCUUGGGCACGACUCGACCACAAGUUCGACCUCAUGUACGCCAAGAGGGCCUUCGUGCACUGGUACGUGGGAGAGGGGAUGGAGGAGGGCGAGUUCUCGGAGGCCAGGGAGGACAUGGCGGCCCUGGAGAAGGACUACGAGGAGGUGGGAGUCGACUCGUUCGAUGAGGACGAAGAGGGGGAGGAGUAUUAAAGAGGGGUGACGGUGGGAGUCGACUCGUUGGAGGAGGAUGAAGAGGGGGAGGAGUAACAAAGAGGGGUGAAGGUGGGAGUCGACUUGUUGGAGGAGGAGUUUUAAAGAUGGGCGAAGGUUUCUCUGAUGUAACAGGUUAAUGUUCUGAUGUUUGUAGACCGUAAUAAAGACGAGUGUCGCUGCGAGGAGCAGUUUGUUCAGAAUCGAUCCCACCGUGUUCGGUUUAAGUGCCUUUAAUGCCUUUUCUAAAUAAAAGCUGUUCACACCACA